UCCCCCGGCCUGGAGCUCGCCCUGGACCGCUGCCCUGGCGUCCUCGGCGUCGGCCCGGCACCAGCGGCGCGGGCGGCCGAGUGCGCGACAGCACCCCAGCCGCUGUGCGCGCUGCUGCCGCUGCCCGCUUGGCUCGGGCUGGCCGCACUCUUGCUGCUCGUGGGCUUCUUCGUUGGGAUCGUCUCCCGCGGCUGCUGCGAGCCGCGCCAGCGGGCGCGGGUGCUGUCCGACUACCUCGACGACCCGGAUGGGCGCUACUGGCACCUCCGCCUCCUGCCGCAAACCGACGGGAAUGGCCUCUGGACGGUCGUGGCGUCGACGGUGACGGUGCGGGUGCUGGAUCUCUCGCGGCCUUUGGCCCUCCCCUUGGACCGCAAUGAGCUGAUCCCGGCGCCGUACUGCGACGAAUGCUUCAUCUUCGACUCGACUUCGGCGGCGGAGCUCGCCGAGUUCGAGAGGCGCGGGGAGAUGCCGGCCGCGGCCCACGGGAACACGGCCGCAGGCGUGUCGGCCCCCGACACCGUCUGGCUCGACGCCGACCCCACCCACGAGGCCCUCGCCUCCGCCGAGCCCGAGGCCGCGGUGGCCGACCCCGCCUGCGCCGUCGCCCACGAGGCCGGCGCCCUCGUGCUGGUGGACCACCACCGGGUCCACGCCGAGGCGGAGGAGGCCGGACGGGAAGAGGUUUGGCGGCUGGACAGGGUCACUGCCUUCGGCCGCGCCCCUCGAGUGACGGGCCUGCGGCGCGCCCGCCACGGCGGGCCGUACUCCUCCGAGGCGGACACCCUCGCCCUCUAUGGCACCGGGAAGAGCGAGCACUUCCCGCUGUCGGGUCCGCCCGUGGCGGCCGAGUUCUUGCAGAGCCUCCGCGCCCAGGGCCAGUCGCCCGCCUCCUACCAUCACGAGUGGGCCGGCCUGUCGAGGGUCAACGUCCACGGCGCCCCGGCUCGCGAGCACUUCUUCCUCUCGGAGAUGCUCCGCUGGCAGGUGCAGUUCAACCCGACGGGUGUCUCCAUGCUGGCCAGCGCCGGGCUCGUGCUCCGCCGCCCGGUGCACAUCGAGGCGGCGGCGCAGCGUUUCGCCAAGGUGCCCGACCUCACGGGUCUCGACAUGCUGAUGAGCGUGCCCCCUGACAAGAGUGGAGCGGCGACGACGGCGGUCUUCAUUCAGGCGGCAGCCGACCGCCAGAAGGACCAAGCGACGAUCGCGAAGCAGCGGCAGCUGGACAAGGAAGCAGAGCGCAAGCGGGCGUCCGAUCCCAAGAGCAAGGGGUCGGCGCCCGCGGAAGCCUUGUUUGAGCUUCUCAACACCAGCGACAUGUAUGAUACAGAGCCACAGGGCCUCGAGGUCUUCGACGCCGAUCGCCUGAAGGUCCUCAAGCGCCCGACCAAUCCCAAGCCGUUGGAGUCCGUGCUGUCCAGCUUCGCCCUCACGCAGCACCUGGAGUCCGAGCGGCGCCUCGAGCGCGCCGCCGCAGAGGUGGAGGCGCGCAUCCAGGACGGCCUCAUCACGCCCGUGAAGCCGUACUGGGACCCCAAGCUCCGCGCCUCCCGCCCGGCCCUCUUCGCGCUGCUGAAGGACCUGCUGGCGCGCGGGCUUGGCGGCCUCCGUGCGUCGAUCCGCGCCCGCAUCGCGCUGGCCUUCCGCGCCAAGAAGGGCGGCUCCCAACGCGUGAUCGUCGACGCCCGUGAGGCUAACCAGCUCACGCAGGAGCCCCCGCACGUGCAGCUCGGAGGCCCCGGCGCCCUCCGCGACCUCGACCUCAGCGACGCCGCCUUCGAGAUCGCCGGCUGUGACCCGCGGGGGGCCGACGUCCGCGUCGCGAGCCUGGACUUGCACCAGGGCUUCUACCAGUGCCGAGCUAAGCGGCUCGGGCGGUGGUUCGGCGUGGAGUUCGGCUUCGCGGCCCGCGAGUGGGGGGUCUCCCCUUGCUGCGACGAGGACGCCGAGAGGGGCGUCCCCGUCGACGGCGACACCGCCCUGUACUCCGUGAUGGAGGUGCUCUGCGUGGGCUUCAGCUGGGCGCUCUACUUCUGCCGGGCCAUCAUGGAGGACGCCGCUCUCGCGGCGGCGGGCCCGCGCGCCCGCGCCCCAGGCCGCCCCCUGCUACCGCUGGGCGGCCUGCUGCGCGAGGGCGCCCCCGCCCUUCUGGUCGCUCCCGGGCGCCCCGUGUUCUCGGUGUACGUCGACAACGGCGCCGUGAUCGGCUUCAAUCGCGCUGACACGCAGCGCGGCCAGGACCGCUACCUCGCGCGUCUGGAGGAGAUGGGUUUCAUUGUGCACGACAUCGAGCCCGCCCAGACGGGGCUCACCGCGGUGGGCCUACGCUUCUUAGGCGGAUCCCAGCUCGAGCUGCUGCCGACCGAGAAGUACACCUGGCGGCUCUAUCUCGCCAUCGAGCGUCUUCUCCAGCAGGGUCGCUGCCCCGGCGUCGCCCUUGAACGCGUGGUAGGCCAUCUGGUGAACCACUUCCUCUUGAUGCCCUGGGGGCUGUCCGCUCUCGACCAGUGCCACCGCUUCUUGCAGCGCUAUGGUCGCCGCGACUGCGGCUGGUUCAGCGAGUCCCUGGUCGCCGAGCUGCGGGUCUUGAAGGGCCUCGUGAAGCUAGUCGACGUGGACCUGGCGGCGCCGCGCGCGCCCGUGGUGUUCUCGGGGGACAGCUCGACCUUCAGCUACUCGCUCUCCUUCGCGCGGGCGUCGCCCUCGGACAUCCUGGACGCCGACCGCCUGCGCGAGCGCUGGAGGUUCAAGACGGAGGAGAUCAGCUUCACGGAGCUGCCCGGCGACGGCGGCCGCGCCGCGUCGUGCGCCCCGGUCACCUGGCCGCAGGACCGCCCCGCUCGGGCGGCUGGGCCUACCACGCUCGGGCUCGCCGACAACCUGAGCGCGCUGCUGGCGUUCAUGAAGGGGCGGGCCUCCGACUUCUGGCUCCGCCUGCUGGUGCGACAGGCGGCCGCCCUCGCGAUCGGCGCUGAGAUUGUCUCGCACCUGAGGUGCAUCGAGAGCCCCCGCAACUGCGCGGACCGCGACUCCCGUGCUGCGGAUCGCGGGGAGGUCGCCCCCGGGGCCACCAUCCUGGGAGACACUCGGGGCUUCCGCCUGGCCCUCGACCCGGUCCUGCUGCUGUUCCUGCUGCUGGGCGCUGGCGGCGCCGCCGGCGGGCCGCCGCGGCGCCUGGGCUUCUGGGCGCCCGCGGAACCCGCUUCGCUCGAGCAUUGUGGGAACAUGACCUCGUUCGUCCGCUCUUUCAAGCUGCCUCAGUCCGUUUUUGUCGAGAUCGAUAUGCGCGAGUUCGCGGCUUGGCGCGCGACCCUCGCAGGGGCCUGCCCGCCCAGCCUGUGUCGCGCCUGGGCUGCGAUCGCUGCCGCUGCGGCGCCCCGCGGCUCGCGGCUCGGCGCGGGCGAGGACGGCUACGCGGUGGGGCGCGGCAAGUGGCGCACAGCGCGGCUGCGGGCCGCGGGGGUCGACGCCGCCACCUCCGGACCUCGGCUCGACCCGCGCCCUGCCGACGGGGUCCGCGCGAGUGGCCCCUCGGAGCCCGCUCCUGGGGAGGCUGCGACCACCGCUGGGUCGCGCCGCGGGCGCCCCCGCUCGGCCAAGGCGGAGCCUCUGGCCACGAAGCGCCCGCGGGCUGCCGCCCGCGCUGCCCGCGCCGGCAAGCGGCGCGCCGCGGCAACGGCGACCCCUGCCAAGGCUGUGACGACUCGCCAGCACCACCUGAAGACCAGGAGCGUCCCGGCCAAGAUCGCCGCCGUCUACGAGGGCUGGCGCUGCCGGACCGUGCGCAUUCACGGCCGCGCGCCGCUCGCCGACCUCGGGGGGCUCGGCAAAAUCCUGGAGGCGUUCGUGCCGGAGCUCUACUUCGACGGCGAGGCGGUCAGCGCGGGCCGCAUGGGGCUGGCCGCGGUCGCCUUCAGCCUCAACCUCAGCUUCGCCGACAAGGGCGUCGUGCCUCGUGCAAAGCGCGCCCUCCAGGGGUGGCGCAAGGAGGAGCCCGAGGUGGCCCGCGAUCCUUGCCCGUGGGUCGCCCUGGCCCUCACCGUGAAGCAGCUGGUGAAACAGGGGGUCUUGCUGCAGGACGGGUGCUUCCUGCCCUCGGAGGUGCUCAACAUCCGGCAGGCCGGCGUCGCCGACGUGUCGGCGCGGGGCCCCCUGGCAGUCCGCGUCGCCCCUGCUCUGCCCCGAUCUCCCGACGAACAGGGCCGGCCCUCGCCGCCGGCGAAGACGGCCAAGUACUACGACGCCGUGCUGACUCACGACAAGGUCCCCAUGGCCGCUGGACAAAGGUACCUCCGCAAACUGAUGGAGACGUUGCUGGCGGAUUCGGAGACAUCGACUGCGAAGCUCUUCCCGACCCUGAAGCUCGCGAAGUUCGAGCGCCUCUUCAGCAAGACUGCUGCCAACGCCAGCCUGGCAGAGCUGCGCCUCACGCCUCACAGGCCGCGUCGCGGCGGCCCGAGCGAGGACGUGCUCGGCCGCUACCGUUCCUUUGCAGAGGUCCAGGAGCGCGGCCGCUGGGAGGCAAAGGCCAGCGUAACGGACUACGCCAAAGGCGGCCGUGUCCUUCCCCAGGCCGGUAGGAUGACGGACCAGCAGCCGCGCUACGGCAACUCUCUCAUGCACCGCCUGGCGCUGCUGCUCCAGCUUCGCUGA